AUGAGAUGUGUCUUUCCAACGCUCGACAAGCCACUGGAGAGACUUUUUCGAUGGUACACGCAGAAUCUACUAGUUGACUAUUAUAUUUUCUUCAUUAUUGCACCUAUAUUGCUGACCUCAGUACUUGGAUGCGGGUUUUUAUGGAUAGAGGAGUUAACUGUUCUAGAUGCAAGGAAGUUAUAUACUCCAGUUGGUGCUCCAUCAUGGGAGGAAGAAAGAAUUAUGAAUGAGCUCUGGCCAAUAAAGCCGCAUGAGUUCUUGCCGGAACGAACCUUUGAAUGGCAUCGAUACCUGUACCUCGUCGUUCAUGGCCGUCCCACCGCGAACGAGACUUACCCUAAUUUACUGGAAGGGUCCUACCUGGAUGAAAUCGAACGGCUAGAAUCCGAUGUCGCUGCCAAUGUGACUUUCCCGAUGAAUGAGCGAUGGAGGGAUAAUGACACGUUGAGCAUUAAUGAUACCGUCACCUUCCAGGACAUCUGCAUGAACUGGUAUGGUGAAUGCUACAGGCAAAGGAACAUUAUUACUUUGCUGAAGCGCCGACACGAGCUGAAUGCUCGAGGAAUACUAGUUAGCUAUCCGCAAGCCAAUCCCGGUGGAACCCCAAUCUACCUAGCUUUCAAUAUAGGUGGAGUUGAGACAUACCCGAACGACACUAUAAAGACCGCUCGCGCCAUGAGACUAUGGUUCUUCCUUCGCUUCGAUACGCCAAAUUAUGAUGAAAUGGCGAAAGAAUGGGAAGAAGCAGCUACGAGACAUGUACGAAGUAAAUAUGACAACAACCCACUGAUCAAGUGUCACAUCAAACAUUCCCGAAUAGUUGACCAAGGACUGACUAACAACGCAAAUCGAUUGAAGCCUUACUUUGCCGUGACUGUGAUUGUGCUAAUCGCAUUCACGUCAUUUUACUCCAUGAAAUGGAACAUUCGAAAAAAGAAUGACCAGUGGCUUGUCGGAAUAGAUUGGCUGCGUUCAAAGCCGAUACUUGCUCUUGGAGGAGUUCUAUCUUCGGGCCUGGCUAUCAUGAGCGGUAUCGGUCUCAACCUUUGGUGUGGAAUGUUCUUCGCUGAGAUUACCCUUGUUGCUCCAUUUUUAGUGCUUUCAAUAGGAGUAGAUGAUAUGUUCAUUGCUGUCGCCGCCUGGCAUAAUACCGAGCUGAAAUACCCAGGCAACUCGCAUGCAGUGUUAAAGAAAAGAAUGGUCGAAGCCCUGAGUGAAUGCUCCGUGGCCAUUUUUAUCACGUCCAUCACAGAUGUCCUGUCAUUUGGUGUCGGAACUUUCACUGACAUCAUCGCCGUCGAAGGAUUUUGUGCCAUGACAUGUACUUGUAUGUUCUUCACCUGGCUAUAUCAAGCCAGGGAUAUCCACGCACAGGAUGUCGAAGUCAUAAAGAAAUUACCUCAGAAGAAUGGUGUAUACUGUGAAAAUAGGAAGAAUAAAGAAAAAGUGAAAAACGGAUUGAAUCUAGCUAUUACAAAUGGAACUACCCAGCACAAAAAGGGUGCACACAAUAAAAAUCUUCAUGGACAUAAAAAUGGAAAAUCAAUAAUUAAAUCGGUUGUUCUUCCUGCAGUUGCACCUCAAUAUGCGCUCAAAAAUCGUGGAAAAAUGGGUCUUUUCUUUAGAGACUACUACGUACCCUUUCUACUUGAUCUCAGAACAAAAAUUGCUGUAUUUAUUAUUUUCAUCCUCUAUGUAAUGAUCUCCAUUUAUGGUAUAAGUGUUAUGGAACAAGGUCUGGAUUAUGACAAGCUGCUGCUUCAGACUGAUCCGCUUGUGGAAGCAUUCGCUAGAGAAAUCGAAUUGUUCCCCAAUGGGGAUCAGGUCGAAGUGGCCAUAAGAAAAGCUCCCGAUAUGACAAAUCCAGAGAACAGACGUUUGGUUGAGGGAAUUGCUCAACAAUUCGAACGGAUCUCUUACAGCAGCGGUCCCAAAAGUACUUCACUGUGGUUACGAGAAUACAUAAAAUACGCCAAUCUGACUGGCUCAUUUCUGGAAGAUACCCGGGAAUCGUGGGUGAUUGGAGUGUACGAAUGGUCACAGCUUUUUGCUUUCUACAAGUUGUGGUCCCAGGACUUCGUUUGGGCCAACACCUCCGACUACGACCAUCUCUCCCUCGUCUCAUUCCGCUUCCGCAUCGGACUCAACGAUAUAUCAACGCCUACUGACUUGGUCAUGGUAUCCUCGGAGCUGAGAGACCUCGCUGCUAAAUAUCCGGACCUCGAAAUCUUCACUUACCAGUAUAGUCGUCCUAUCGCCGAUCAAUUGAAUGUAAUCUUGCAAUCGACCAUACAAAACGAUUCUCUGGCAGUCAUCUGUAUGGUUAUUAUCAGUUUGCUGUUCAUUCCCAAUCCGUUGUGUGCUGUUUGGAUUACUAUUGCCAUUAUUACCAUAGACCUUGGAGUAAUUGGUUUUCUGUCAUUGUGGGGCGUGAAGCUCGACCCUAUUUUCAUGAUAACGAUAAUUCUCAGCAUCGGAUUCUCUAUAGAAUUUUCGGCACAUAUUACGCAUGGAUUUGUAAGUAACGAAGGGAAUUUGACUCCGAAGGAAAGAUGUAUAGAUUCCAUGGAGAAACUCGCUUGGCCAGUUGUGCACGGCAGUAUGUCUACUAUUCUCGGAGUCACAGUUUUGGCUUUCAUAAACUCGUAUAUGGUUCUCGUCUUCUUCAAGACCAUCUUUCUCGUGCUAAUUAUAGGUGUCUUCCAUGCAUUAGUGCUGCUGCCGAUAGUGCUGGCCAUUACAACCCCAUAUAUAGAACGAUUAAACGCUAGUCUUGAACGGCGUUCCAAACACAGAAAAGCGAAAGUGGCUGCGUCAAAAGCUAGCGUUUAUGCCAUUACACUGCCUGUGAAUAUAUCCUGA